AUGGGUAUCUCUCGUGAUUCGCGCCACAAGCGCUCGGCCACCGGUGCCAAGCGGGCCACUUACCGCAAGAAGAGAGCCUUCGAGAAGGGUCGCCAGGCCGCCAACACCCGUAUCGGUGCUAAGAGAAUCCACCUGGUCCGCACCCGUGGUGGUAACCAGAAGUUCCGUGCCCUCCGUCUCGACUCCGGCAACUUCUCCUGGGGUUCCGAGGGUGUCUCCCGCAAGACCCGUGUCAUCGUUGUGGCCUACCACCCCUCCAACAACGAGCUGGUCCGCACCAACACCCUGACCAAGUCCGCCGUUGUCCAGAUUGAUGCCGCCCCCUUCCGUCAAUGGUACGAGGCCCACUACGGCCAGCCCCUUGGCCGCAGACGCCAGCAGAAGACCGAGGUCACCGAGGAGAAGAAGAGCAACAGCGUCCAGAAGAAGCAGGCUGCUCGCUUCGCCGACCACGGCAAGGUCGAGGGCGCCGUUGAGAAGCAGUUCGAGUCCGGCCGCCUCUACGCCGUUGUCUCCUCCCGCCCCGGCCAGAGCGGCCGUGUGGACGGCUACAUCCUGGAGGGUGAGGAGUUGGCUUUCUACCAGCGUGCUAUCCGCAAGUAA